ACCGUCUCACAUUCAUCUAGCUCUAACCCUUGCUACUACCAAGAUAAGCAAAAAAGAUUUUAAAAUGGUUCUUGAUAUUCAAUUCCACCAAUGGAUAUGCCAUUUUGAAACCUUUUAUAUGAAUAGAAUAGAGGGUUGUCUACAAACCAUAUGAAGUAGAAGCUCCAAAGAGAAAAUAAACAUUAUGCUAGAAAUGACUUUUACUUCUCUAUUGGCCCCAAUAGGGUACCUUGAAAUUUUUAUAGCAAUCUUUUUCUUUCUUGUAUUCUGGGCAUUAGCAGAUAACAAAAAUGGCCAACCAAAGAAUUGCCCGAUUUUCGGAAUGUUCCCAAGCCUUCUUCUCCAUAUACACAGAAUCCAUGAAAGAAGUACAGAGGUUCUUUCAAGAACUGGAGGUACUUUCUUGCUCAAAGGCCUUUGGUUUACUAAUAUGGACAUUCUUGGCACAGUGGAUCCAGCAAAUGUGAACUAUAUCAUGAGUUCGAAUUUCCCAAAUUUUCCAAAAGGGCCAGAACACAAGAAGAUUUUUGAUGUUUUAGGCGAUGGAAUUUUUAACGCCGACUUGGAUCUGUGGAAGAAUCAGAGGAAACUCGCUAGAGAAAUGAUCAUUCAUCAAAGAUUUCACAAGUGUCUGGUAAAAACCAACGUUGACAAGGUCGAAAAUGGCCUGAUUCCGGUCCUCGAAUUUGUGGCUAAACAAGACAGAGUUCUUGAUUUACAAGAUGUUUUCAAGAGGUUUACGUUUGAUACAACAUGUAUGCUACUCACAGGCUUUGAUCCUGGCUGCCUCUCUCUUGAACUCGCUCACGUUCCCUUCUUGAAAGCCAUGGAUGAUAUUAAAGAUGCAUGUUUCGUUCGCCAUUUAUUGCCCCAAAGUGUUUGGAAGUUGCAACAAUGGCUUGGAAUUGGGCCUGAAAAGAAACUAAGCAAAGCAAGGGAAGUCCUUGACCAAGUUAUAGGCCAGUAUAUAUCGAUGAAACGUGACAAAUUGAGCAAUGCAACAGAAUAUAAGGAAGAUGAAGAGGGUUAUGAUUUAUUAACAUCAUACAUAGUCAAUGACGGAGAAACAACAACAGGGCUAAAGUUUGACGACAAGUUCUUAAGGGAUACCAUUCUAAACCUCAUGUUCGCGGGGAGUGACACAGUUGCCUCGGGCCUUACUUGGUUCAUCUGGCUAGUUAUAACGCACCCCGAGAUUGAGAAGAAUAUAAGGGAAGAACUUAAGGCAAUUGUUCUGGUUCAAGAAGCCAAAAAAUGGAGGCUUUUUAAGCCGGAUGAUGUGAAAAAUGUAGUAUAUUUACAUGCUGCAUUGUGCGAAUCGUUAAGGCUAUAUCCCCCUGUUGCAUUCCAGCACAAGACUCCACAAGAACCUGAUAUUCUCCCUAGUGGACACCGUGUUCAUCCGAAUAUGAAAGUGAUGGUGCCUUUAUACGCAAUGGGGAGGAUGAAUUCCAUUUGGGGAAAAGAUGCAUCGGAAUUCAAGCCAGAGAGAUGGAUUUCAGAUCAUGGAAAGGUCAAACACGAGCCUUCUUACAAGUUCUUUUCUUUCAAUGCAGGACCAAGGACUUGUAUAGGGAAAGAUGUGGCUUUUACUCAAAUGAAAAUUGUGGCUGCUACUAUCAUUCAUAAUUACCAAAUUGAAAUAGUAAAAGGCCAUACAAUUUGUCCCAAUUUCUCUGUUAUGCUUUACAUGGAACAUGGCUUCAAAGUUAGGAUUAAGAGGAGGUGGGCAUAGUACUUAAUAUUUCUCCUUUCAUCCCUUUUUUUUAUUUUUUGGUUUUGAUCUGCAUGUGGAAGGAUAUAGUCCAUCUUCAUGAAUCCCCAAGGUAUAGGGUUACUUGUAUUUCAUUUUCAAAUAAUGUUAAGUUCAUUAGCCUAAAAAGCAAAGAACAAUAAACAUAUGUUUCCUAUUUUCAUGGUACGGUUCUGUUGGGAUUGAAAUAGCAUGACAUUAUGCGGAAGCUAAUAAUUGCAAACCUUUAAGGCGAUAAAUCAGAAGACAAAGAACAUAUACUAAAAAGCAUAAAAUUAUAAUAUGAUUUGGUUAAG